AUGAAAUUUCUCUAUUUAAUUUCGCUUCUCUUUGCUUUAAUUGUAGCAGAUUUUCCGGAUCUAUGUGAGGUUCUCUCCGUUGAUCGCAAUGGAAUGGUCGAGCUCGAAUUUCCGGUCAAUUUCGGUUCUUCGGGAGCCGCUCGAAGAAAAACGGCUUUCUCCGAAUUCAACAAAGUCGAUCAAGAUAAGUUAAUCAAAAUUUGUGGUGGCUCUGAUGGGAAACCGUGUGAUCAACAUAAAUGCAUCAUUGUUCAAACAAAAGAGAUCUCAAAAGAGCAAUGGAAGCCCGUUUUGAUCGGUGACGCUUUCCCGAAACCGCUCGGAAGUCGAGUGUGUCGUCGAAAAGAGAAUCUU